AUGUCAACGAGUGAAACACAACAUUCAAGACCAACAUCUGAGAGUACAAGAGCAGUAACUUCUCACGUAGAUAAAGACUUGACUUCUGCAGAUCGGGCUAGCUCUGCAACCCAGACAACGGACUCUCUUCCUACAACUGAGGAGACAAGUACAGAUAUGUGGGACAUAGAAGAAGCAGAUGAACUAUUAACGUCUCAUACAGAUGGACAUCAACAUUCUUCAAAAGCGUGGGCAGCAACUAUCGUCUACAAGCCUGUCUCUAGACCAGCCACACAUACGAAACCACCCUCAUCCACAUCAACUCUAUCAUCAGUUGUUGGUCGUAGUGGACCUCCUACGAUAGAAGAGAUAACCACAGAUAUGUUCGACACAGACGAUUCAGACGAACAGUUAAAGCCACUUACUGAUGGAAAUGUGCUAUGGACGAAACCUUCAAAAGGGUGGGCAGCAACUAUCGUCUUCAAGCCUAUCAGUAGGCCAACCACUCUUACGAAACCACCCUUACCCACAUCAACUCCAUCAACAAUUGUUAUCCGCAGUCAACCUCCUACAACAGAAAAGACAACUGAAGAUACUUUCGACACAAAUGAAUCAGAUGAAUUAAUGUCACUUAGUGAUGCACAUGGGCAGUGGACGAAACCUUCAUCAAAAGAGUGGAUAGCAACUAUCGUCUUAAAACCUACCAGUAGGCCAACCACACAUUUGAAACCACCCUUAUCCACACCAACUCCAUCAGCACCUGUUAGUCGUAGUGAACCUCCUACAAUAGAAGAGAUAACUACAGAUAUGUUCGACACAGACGAUUCAGAUGAACAGUCAAAGCCACUUACUGAUGGAAAUGUGUUGCGGACGAAACCUUCAAAAGGGUGGAUAGCAACUAUCAUCUUCAAACCUACGAGUAGGCCAGCCACACGUUUGAAACCACCCUUAUCCAUAUCAACUCCACCAGCAACUGUUAGUCGUAGUGAACCUCCUACAAUAGAAGAGAUAACUACAGAUAUGUUCGACACAGACGAUUCAGAUGAACAGUCAAAGCCACUUACUGAUGGAAAUGUGUUGCGGACGAAACCUUCAAAAGGGUGGAUAGCAACUAUCAUCUUCAAACCUACGAGUAGGCCAGCCACACGUUUGAAACCACCCUUAUCCAUAUCAACUCCACCAGCAACUGUUAGUCGUAGUGAACCUCCUACAAUAGAAGAGAUAACUACAGAUAUGUUCGACACAGACGAUUCAGAUGAACAGUCAAAGCCACUUACUGAUGGAAAUGCGUUGCGGACGAAACCUUCAAAAGGGUGGAUAGCAACUAUCAUCUUCAAACCUACGAGUAGGCCAGCCACACGUUUGAAACCACCCUUAUCCAUAUCAACUCCACCAGCAACUGUUAGUCGUAGUGAACCUCCUACAAUAGUAGAGAUAACUACAGAUAUGUUCGACACAGACGAGUCAGAUGAACAGUCAAAGCCACUUACUGAUGGAAUUAUGUUGCGGACGAAACCUUCAAAAGGGUGGAUAGCAACUAUCGUCUUCAAGCCUACCAGACCUUCAUUCCUCCUCCAAAAAGACGAGCCCUAUUUCAUAUUCGCGAACAUCACGUGGAACUACAAGUUCAUUUUCAAAGUCUACGCUUUCAACACUGUUAAUUGA